AUGUAGGUUGAUAUUAGGAACCAGUCCUUAGAGAAUAUCAGAAUAAAGAAGACUUCUGUAUUUGGAGGAAAUUUUGUAAGAUGUAACUUUAGUGGAUCUGAGUUUGAUAAUGUAGAUAUCAGCGGAUUGAAUUUGAAUGGUGCUUAACUAUUCAAUUCUAAAUGGAAAAACUUGAAAAUCUUUGAAUUAAAUAAAUUAGAUGGUCAUAGUGAUUUUGUGAAUGCAGUUUGUUUCUCUCCAGAUGGAAAUACAUUAGCUUCUGGUAGU